AUGGCGACUGAGGUUGUCCAUGCUAUUGAGAUAUCUCUAGUGGACAUUUCCACAAAAUCAGUGACCUUGGGUCCUCAGAUGGCUAUCAUUGUCCGGGAAAUUUCGGGCGUCCUUAUUAAGCCCGGCGCCAACGAAAUAACCAUCUACGGCGUAGACCCCCAAGUUGAUCCUGACUCGAUUCGUGUUUCUGGAAAGGGUCCUGGCACCAUCACUGACAUACAGACUACGACUGUAACACAGAGAAAUUCUUUCGAGGAGCUUUUUCCUGGCUGUGAAGUCGAACCUGAGGACAAUCAUGUUGACCAUGACGACCCAGAUGAUGAUUUUGGAGUUGACAGGUCCGAACUCUCAAAGACAGGAAAGGAGUUAAAACUUUUAGAUUCGAGUCUUGCUGCUGCCCACAGAGAGCUGGAGACAGCUAGAAAAUCCAUAGAACUUUUAGAUGACUAUGGAAAGAGCAUGAAAGCAGGUGAUACCCCAGUGGCGAGACUUGAAGAAUAUCUUCGCACCUAUCAGACUCAGCGGUUAAAACUGGACGAUUAUUGUUACGAGUGUGAAGGCAAUAUAUCUGACAUUUCUAAUCGGAAAAGCAGAUUGUGCCGCAAAAUGCGUGACCUUGAAGCGGCCUUCAGUCACGCUCGAGACGCUGCAGCAAAGCCUGAGCAUGAAAACAGGAAGAGAAAACAGCAUGAACACAAUAUUACUGUUGCCGAGAAGAAAAGACGUCGAGAGGCCCAAACAAAUCGGCGAAACUCAACCAUUUCGGUUUUUGGCGCAUCAGAAACUGCAGGGAAAGUAGAGCUUUCCAUCACCUAUGUGACAAAGAAGGCCGGAUGGGUUCCUUGUUACGAAUUAAACCUAACGACGCUGACCUCCUCUGGGAAAGCCGUGUAUCUGGCAGAGUAUCACAACUUCAGCUCUGAAGUUUGGCGCGAUGCAAAAGUUGUGUUGUCAACCUCAGAGACUUCCUUUGGAGGUCUUGGAGAGAAGCUCCCACUGCUCAAACCGUGGAAUGUGAAAUUAGUCCAGGAGAAUACUCCAGGAUCAAGCAGCUCCGACGGCUGGAGGAAUCCACUAGAGAAUCACGUUGGCUUCAACGCCCGGGUGGGCCUGGAGAACCGUGCAUUCAACAGAAACAAUAUACCAAAGUUUCCUACAACGAACCCAAGUCUAGCACCGGCGACUUAUUCGACGGGUCUGCUGCUUGGAAAACAACAGCAGCAACAGAGGCAACUAACAAAUAUUGCACAAGCUCAGAGGAUGCUUCCACCUCCUCCCCACACCGCGAUUGUGCUUUCGCCUUCACCUCCUCCGCCAGCAGCCAUCCCAGCAUCAUCAGGAAACCUGCCUGAAACUACCGCUGAAGAUGAUGACGCCACCAUAUGCGCAGAUUUGACAGAUGCUGUCACCACCCUCUCCGACACUUCAAAUGCUCUCACUUUUCAAGAAUCUUCCGACAAGACUAUGGCCUAA